CGAAUGACUUCAACGCAAGGAGAUAGAUGAAGGUCGAAGAACCAGGAGGAAACGAGGAUCGAAAGGGUUGAAGAAAGAUCUGGAAAAAGCGAAAGUUUUGUAGGAGCAGUGGAUAGAUAGACUGUGAGAUUGCUGCGGGUUUCAAUCAUGGCGUGGAGAGGCCAGCUUUCUAAGAAUCUCAAGGAGCUUCGUAUUCUUCUCUGCCAGUCAUCUCCUUCAAGCUCGUCCACUAGAGCUUUCAUCGAGAAUAAUUACAAGGAUCUCAAGACUCUCAACCCCAAGCUCCCAAUCUUGAUCCGCGAAUGCAGCGGGGUCGAGCCCCAACUUUGGGCUAGAUACGACAUGGGUGUGGAGAGGGGUGUUCGUUUGGAGGGCAAGGACGAAGCACAGAUCUCGAAGGCCCUGGAAGAGCUUGUGAAAGUAGGAGCUGCCCUAAAAGCUUGAUGCGGUUGCACUUCAUUCACAUUGGUUCCAACUGUAAGAGCAGUGAAAUAAAUAUGGUACUGUGUUUAAGAAAAGAUCUCACCUUGUCAGGUUUUGCAAUAUUUGCUGCUGCAUUGCUGCCAGUCUGCUCUUUGCAUUUAUGCUUCGUAGUUCCUUCCCCCCUAAAGAUGGGAACCAAGACUAGAUUAGCUAGCUGGUUCAUUUCUUUGUUCCUAGGGGUUGUAAUAAAGUGCGGUUGGGAGUUGGAAAUUUGAUUGAACUAAUGCACCGAUUCAAUCUGAUUUUAAUCUAAACAUUGCUUUAUACUUUGGAUUGAAGGCUCUUUCUUACCUGUUCAGUUCAUGGAUACAUGGUGGAUUUGCUGUGGUGGAUGUGGCCAAGAUGCACUAGCUGUGGCCAACUGGCGUAUGACUUUGACUUCAUUUCGUAAAUGAAUGGAUUCAUUGCUCCUGAAAAAAGUAAAAACAGAACAGUGACGAUAUUCAUGGCUCUGGUAAAGUGUCUGGUUAGUUGGGUUAAAGGUCUCGUGGGUCAAAACAAGCCGCGUGGAGAAACAGAUAGUUUUGUCAAUUUGUGCUGGUUUUCUACCGGAUAAAAGCAUAAAAAGUGGUGGAGGGGUCGGCAGAUGGUGUCGCUCUCUCCAAGAUUUCCAACCUUUUCUCACCCUUUUAUUUCCCUGGUUCGGAAUAGAUAAACCUAUAUACGUUUUUCCCCUUCUCUUUUAAGGCUGAAAAAACACCGAUAGAUGCUAAAAGCUGUUCGUAUUCAUGAACAUGUUUCAAAGUUUCAUGUGUUUUCUAUCGUUAGAUUAUAUGACGCAACGUAUUAUUUUAUAAUGCGUUGGUUUCGUAAGUAACAUAGAUAUAUUGUUGUAAUGAGUAGAAAUGCAUAAUUAGUGCCAUCAGAGUGUGAAUGCUCAUUCUUAUUAGAAUAAUACGAGAAUUAUCAAAAAAAUUAUAUGAUUAGUUGUACAGUUGAAGUGACAACAUACUAUUACUACUAUAUCGUAUCUGUUGUUGGAUCAACGCGAAUGAUUCGAAUUAUUGUGUCGUGUCUAUGGCCGUCAAUAAGGGCCAUUAACACAU